GCACAUCCAAUAAGAAUACCGCAGAUAUAAGAAUAUCACAGUUAUACUUCACGAAACAACGCGAUCAGCUUCUUACACGUAUAACAAAGAAUUUAAUUAUCAAGGUACGAGGCUCGCCUACUCGAAAGAAAAAAAGAUAAUUCAAAUUUUCACCAAUUUCCCGCGCCGACCGCAGCGCCACCUGUGCCCAGUUACAGGAAGCUCAGUGAAAUUCCCGCGCUUCUCGUCGUGCAUCGCAUUCCGAUCGCGCGCUCCAAAAAAGAGAAAAACAACUAAACAAGCCGCCACACCGGUACUGCAGCCUGCAGGUAACCAGUUGUGCCCGUGUAUGUGUUGUCUUUUCCGCACGCUGGCCGCUGAAGGAAUAGGAUAAGGUGUGUGCCUCGUCUCCAUGAAUUAUCUCUGAUCGAGCGAGAAUGCGGACGUCGACGAGCGUUCUCGCGUUCCUCGCGGUGGCCAUCCUCGUCUGCGAGGCCUCGUCCUGGGACAGGGAAGCCGUUCACUUUAUGGAGCCUGGAGACUGGAUAGACAACGACAAGCCGGGGCUGCGUAUUUACUGCCAUAAUGCUAAGUCAAAGUAUAUAAUACAUGUUUGGAAGACUGUUGUUAUGAAUUUAAGGACUAACUUAGAAACCUACGAGCUUUACGAGGGAAGAUCCCCACACGAGGUGGUGACAAAACAUGAGGAUAAUCAGAAGUAUUGGAGGUUUUCCCUCUUCAAUACAAAGAAGAGCAAGCAGUUCAGAAUCAAUCCUUUUGAGGAUAGCUGCAUUGGCGUUUACAUGAGUCAGCAUAGCAACCAGUUUCAGUACAAGAUGAUUAUGACUCAAAAUAGUAUUGACACUUGGAAAAUAACCAUGAUGGGUCUGGGAAUGUUCUUGUUUUGGUAUGCAGGAAAACUCAGCCGAAAUACUUUGUUUUAUUAUGUGAGUGGUGUUACUAUUGGAGUCUCACUGUCGAUUGUCAUUUUGAUAUACUUCCUUGGAAAACUGCUGCCAAAGGGCAAGUUUAUGUAUGUGAUGGUUGCAACUGGUUAUACCAUGAGUUUUUAUAUUGCUCAGAUGAUUUGGGAAAAUGCUCAACUAAUAGCUAUGCAAUAUCGGGAUUAUGUGAUAUACUAUAUCCUCUCUACAGCAUUAAUUAGUUUUAUAAUCUGUUAUCGCUUUGGUCCCAUUACCAAUACAAGAACAAAGAAUAUUAUUCAAUGGAUACUUCAAUUAUUUGGAUUGGUGCUGGUGUAUCAUAGUAGCUAUUUUCGAGAAGCAUCUACAGCUUUCUGCGUUCUACUAGUCCUGUUUUAUAAUUUCCCACUCGUGGUCAUCACCAAAGGACGUAAAUACUGGAAUCAUAUAUUUCCUGAACGGCGGCGUUUACUUACGGACGAUGAAUAUCGUAAAGAGGGAGUGAUAGAAACUAAAAAAGCCCUCACAGGGUUAAAGGAUUACUGCCAUAGUCCAAACUGCAAUCCAUGGAGGACAGUUUUAAAGCUCAAGGACCCUAUCAGGUUCGCAAAGUUUAUGGAAGGCGAAUGUCACUUGUCGGAAAACGAAUCUUUUGAACACGACACGGAGCUCACGCAGCUCAUUGAGGAAUGCGAUUACACGGACGAUGAAUUCGAUGAUUGAAGCGAGCCACUAAAGUUUCGUUUGACUUUCCGCCUUACUAGAAAAAUUGAUGUUUAAAAGACAAGAUGACUUCGGAUAUUACUCAUUUUGACGUUAUUUUUGUGUGGUGUUUGUAUAUGAUAAGUUAGAUGAAAGUAGAAUCAUUAUUUGUUAUCGCAUGAUGAAACUAAUGGAAGUGAUGAUAGUCGUUGAUAUAGAUCAAAUUGUACAUUUUUGAAUGCGCCGAUGCCUGGCAGAGGAAGUUGCUAGGACAUGAAAACAGACUGCUGUAAUUUGAAUAAAAUAUUUAUUUUUGUAACCAUUAA